AUUUCCUUAACUUAAAAAAACUUCCCUUCCCUUCCCUUCCCUUCCCCCUUCCCUUCCCUUUUCUUUUAUCAAACCAAACACACAAAGUGCAAUAUGCCAAACGCUCUCUCCUCCUCCUCCAACUUCAACCCCCUGUUCUCUGUCUCUCUGCUCUGAAAAUCUCUCCCUCUCAGAUCCAUCAAUGGAAAACUCACGUAAACUGCAAGAGAAUCCGGCCCCAUCUCUUGUUCCGUCGCCCAACAGUUCGAGUAGCAGCAGCACCAGCAGCAAUAGCCGGCUGCAACCUCCGGCGGCAGCGGCGGUGGUAACGCCCCCCACAACGCCCAAGCCCGUCACCAGAUCCGAACCCAACAACCCGUACCCGACCACCUUCGUCCAGGCCGACACUUCCUCCUUCAAGCAAGUCGUCCAAAUGCUCACCGGAUCCGAAACAACCGCCAAGCACGCCGCCGUGGGAGGGCGACCCGACCCGCACAGGAACUCGAUCCCGCCCAUCAAGACCGGGCCCAGGAAACACUCCUCUUCCCGCCUCUACGAGCGCCGAAACAGCCUCAAGAACUUCAAGAUCAGCCCGUUGGUCCCCGGGCUCGGGCGCAGCUCCGGGGUAUCGCCCCGGAACCCGGCCACGCCGGAGAUUUUGUCGCCGAGUAUUCUGGACUUCCCGUCUCUGCUGCUCAGCCCUGUGACGCCGCUCAUACCCGACCCGUUUAACCGGACGACGAAGUGUGGGUCUGGCGGAGCGGGCUUGGACAUGGAGGCGGAGAGCCAGGCGAUCGCGAAAAAGGGAUUCUAUUUUCACCCGUCGCCGGCGAAUACACCGAGGGAAUCGGAGCCCCGGCUGCUGCCCCUUUUUCCGGUGACGUCGCCCCGAGUAUCAGGUUCUUCUUCUUGAGCCGGUUUUAUGAGUGUAAUAUAUAUAUAAAAUUCUGCUCUCUCUCUCUCUCUACAUAUGUAUACGAUUUGGAAUUGAUGGAGGCAAAUGCUGCUAUGUAAUUGUAAUGCACAAUUCGGAGAGAUUGAGAAAAGGGAAAAGGGGAAGGAAGGACAAUCCUCGCUUCAAUCCGAUAAUUUCUAAUUUCUUCCCUUUUUAUGUGUUUUACUUUUAUCAAGUAGUAAUGAUUUUUCAUUUU